AUGGAAGCAGGAAACAAGCGACCCACUGCCCAGGUGUUUAAGGAUAAGGGUAAUGAAGCGUUCAAAAAGGCCGACUUCCGGGGGGCUGUCGAGCAUUACACUUCGGCGAUAAAGGCGGACCCGUCGGACCACAUUUUACCAUGCAACCGGGCCUUCGCGCGCUUAAAGCUACAGCAAUGGAAGUUGGCAGAAGCAGACUGCACACGAUCACUCGAACUUCUUCCUGAGCCUAACUGUAAGGCCCUCUUCAGACGUGGAACGGCAAGAAGACACCAGAAUAAAUGGGACGAAGCCCUUCAAGAUCUGAAGGCCGCCCUUGCAUUGGAACCGAACAACGCUAGCAUCUGUGCCGAGUUGCAAACGGUCAAAGCACAUCUCCAGCAAAAACCAACAACUACAAAACCACCACCGUCGUCAUCGAAGGCAUCCUCGUCGAUAUCUUUUGCCAGCUCAGAUUCUGAAACAUCCAGCCAACCGAUUGCAGGCCCCUCCUCGUCUCCUAGUACGACUCUUCAGGACGGCCAAUCCUCUGAGUCAUCCACCAACUUGCUGAGAGAAGUUUCGACGACACGAUUCACUUCCUCGGACCCUUACAAGUCUGCAGCCACUGGCGUUGCUCCUACGAAUAGUUUCAGUGAUCUCAAACAGAUCAGACAAAAGAAGGAGGAAAAAUCGUCCGGCUUUAUGACCACCCGUAUCCCUAAUAAAUCCAUCCCUUCACCUGAACCCUUGAAGAAAUCAAAUCCAUCUUCUUCAACUAAUUCGAUACCGCCCGUGAGGAGUUUUACAGAUUUUGAAAUGAGAUGGUGCAUCUCAAGUCAGCCUGAAGUCCGUUUCUCGGUCCUAGAAGCACUUGAUCGGCGCCAUGUAGCUCAGCUAUUUGGAGAGCAUCUGGAGCCCGAAACUCUAGAGCAAAUGAUAGACGCUAUGGAAGUUCCGCUCAGAUCAAACGACACCACAAAAAUCACAAGGGCUGUGGAACUGCUGCAGGGAUUGGACAAUGUUUCACGGAUGAAAACCUUGACUAUGUUUCUGGCACCCGAUCACCAAAAGGUCAUCCAAGACUUAUUGAUCAAAUUCCACAGCUUUGGAGGGAAAAGUGUGGUGUUGAAUAACUGGAGUCUUUGA